AUCACAUAUAUUAUUAUAAUUAUUAUUUACACUCUUCUCCUUCUCUACUCUCCCUCUUUUUCUUCAUUUCACUAGCUCUUCGACUUUAAGCUCGUUUUGCUCUUCUUUGAAUCUCUUAAUCUCUGUACAAGUUCAGUACAGAUUUAAAUUGAUGAUAGACACAGAACCAGAGCGCCUGUCGAUAGAUGAGAGUGCCAGCAUGUUCUUAUAUAGCCAUGCCGAGGUUGACCAAGAUCUAUGCUAUUUUACAACCUUCGAAGAUGAAGUUACAGGAUUGCAACAUUACUUGCCUGAAUGUGACGGAGACUGUUUCAAUUGUCCUGUUGGUUUUGAAGCAUUCAAUUCACUAGGGGGCUUCAGUAUUGAGAGUUUUUCAUGUGCUAUUGAGUAUGAUCAGAUCAAAUUUGAUGGUGAUGCAUUGGAUUUGUACCUUGCACAUGAAGAGAAAACAAAGGAAGACAACAAUAGGAUGCAAGGCACUGAUAAGAAGGUUCCUCUUGGAGAUUUUAGUCUUCUUUCCACAUGUCAGGAAUCUGUAUUGGGUGCUGAAGCAGCUGUUACAGAUUCCAAUUUGAAUUGUAAUGCACGGGAAGAUUCCUGUCUAGAAAAUGUGCCUUUAGAAAGCCACUCCUCGUGUUCCCGGAAAGGAGAACGUGACAUUGAAUUAGUUGAUGCAUCUUCAAGGGCAAUGGUAUUUGAGUGUCCAUGUGAUAAGAAUUCUCUUUUGCUUGACAAGAUGACUGCUCAAGAUCUCCGCCAAGUCUUCAGCGGAAUGUUUGGGCGUGAAACAUCAGUUCUGGACAGGCAAUGGCUGAAACGUCAUAUUUUAUUUGGUUUGCAGAACCAAGGUGAAAUUGUCAAUGGUUUGAAUUUGUUGGACUGUGGUAAAACAUCCAAGGCUGAUGAAGGAGAAACUGUAAUUUUAUCAAGUAAAUCAUCAUCUAGAAGUGCUCCUGACUCCACUGAUAUAUCAGAUGACCAAUUCAUUGAAAAAAAUCAUGUGAAAAGGGAGAAGUUUUAUGGUUGCAAUUCUUUGGAGAGUGCUUCUUCUCCUGUCAGAGAGAUUAAAUUUGCUUCUGUAGAUGAAACUAAUAUUGCAAAUAUACUUGUUACACGAAAGCGAACUUAUAGGCCUACUAGGAUAUGGACCAAAGGACUGCAAGAGCAGAAGUCAAGAUAUCACAGCCGAAAAUGGGGGGCAUCCACUAAGAAUGCAAGAAAAGACUCCCUGCUGGCUAGAUCUCACAAGCAGCACCAUCAGAAGGGAAUAGGGGUUGCACAUUUAGUUUUUCAAAAAGAAUCUCUUGAAGGAUCUUGUAUUCCUGUUCCAUUUGAUCUUCGAGUCCAGGAAGGUCAAUCAAUGAAAAAUACUUCUUUGGUGAAUGACUUUGAUGGUUGCAAUGACAACAGGGCUUCAGUUUCAACUGAAGAUUUAGACAUGGAAACUUCUUUAGCUGACUCAGAAAAGGAUAUCUCACAAAGUGACUGUGCCACAAGGAUAAAAAAGGCUAGAAAACAGAGACGGCGUCACAGGAGGUGGACCCCUUCUGAAGUGAUGAAGUUAGUUGAUGGUGUUUCUAAGUAUGGAGUUGGAAAAUGGACUCACAUAAAGAAGUUACUGUUCUCAUCGUCAUCUUAUCGCACUUCUGUAAAUCUCAAGGACAAAUGGCGAAACCUUUUAAAGGCUAGCCGCAAUGACAUGCAGAAAAAGAGGAAGAAGAGAGAUGAGGAAGGUAUGUGCAGGGAGGCUAGCUGCAAUAACAUGCACAAAAAGAGAAAGAUUGAGCACAGGGAAACACAAGCAUCCUAUCAACUUCCGGAAUCUGUUUGGAAUCAGAUCAGGGAGCUUGCUGUCAUCUAUUCAUAUCCAGGUGAAAGCAAGUCCAAUGUAUCAUGAAAAGGUGUGGAAUACAGUCACUCAGCUAUUACUGCUAAAUCUUUUACCACUGUGACAAUCGUUGUUGGGUUAGUAUGCAAAGAAAUCACUGGAAGUUUUCAUGAAAUAGAAUGCAGUUCAGAUAUACAAAGCUUUAGUUAGUAAAAAACAAAGAACAAAAUGAAGAACCAAAAAGGUAACAAACGAAACCUGUUUAAUUGAAAUGCAUGUGUAAUACAUCAUUAGGUUAGAAAGGAUGUAUAAAAAUAUGGCAUUUCUUGUCAUUAAACAGUAAGUUCUUUCUACUCCCUGUCCCUUCUUUUGGCUGGAAAAUGUCAUGCAGCUGAACAUGACUUUUAAGUUGUAAUAUCUUGAAAUCAUAUCAAUUUUUAUUUUUAUUUUUGUCAA